CGCGGCGGGCGGCUGCGAGGAGCGGCCGGUGGUGGUGGUGGCGGCGGCGGCAGCGGCGGGUGGCGGCAGCGGUCAGCGGUCGGCCAUGGCGGAGGCGGAGGCCGGCGGCGACGAAGCCCGCUGCGUGCGGCUGAACGCCGAGCGGGCCAAGUUGCUGCUGGCCGACGUGGACACGCUGCUGUUCGACUGCGAUGGCGUGCUGUGGCGCGGCGAGACGGCCGUGCCGGGCGCGCCGGAGACUCUGCGGGCGCUGCGGGCCCGCGGCAAGCGACUGGGCUUCAUCACCAACAACAGCAGCAAGACUCGCACGGCCUACGCGGAGAAGCUAAGGCGCUUGGGUUUCGGCGGCCCGGUGGGGCCCGAAGCAGGCCUCGAGGUCUUCGGCACGGCCUACUGCAGCGCGCUCUAUCUGCGCCAACGCCUGGCCGGCGUGCCGGACCCCAAGGCCUACGUGCUGGGCAGCCCGGCCUUAGCCGCCGAGCUGGAGGCCGUGGGUGUCACUAGCGUGGGCGUGGGCCCGGACGUGCUUCACGGCGAUGGCCCAAGCGACUGGCUAGCCGUGCCGCUCGAACCCGACGUGCGCGCGGUAGUGGUGGGCUUCGACCCACACUUUAGCUACAUGAAGCUCACCAAGGCCGUGCGGUACCUGCAGCAGCCCGACUGUCUGCUCGUGGGCACCAACAUGGACAACCGGCUCCCGCUAGAGAACGGCCGUUUCAUUGCGGGUACCGGCUGUCUGGUGCGAGCCGUGGAGAUGGCCGCCCAGCGCCAGGCGGACAUCAUCGGGAAACCUAGCCGCUUCAUCUUCGACUGCGUGUCCCAGGAGUAUGGUAUCAACCCGGAGCGCACCGUCAUGGUGGGAGACCGCCUGGACACAGACAUCCUCCUGGGCUCCACCUGUAGCCUGAAGACUAUCCUGACCCUCACCGGAGUCUCCAGUCUUGAGGAUGUGAAGAGCAAUCAGGAAAGUGACUGCAUGUUCAAGAAGAAAAUGGUCCCUGACUUCUAUGUUGACAGCAUAGCCGACCUCUUGCCUGCCCUUCAAGGUUAAAGAUCUAGUGUCUUUAAUCUCUGGAAUAAAAAAAAAAAAAAAGUAAAAAUCAGCUACCUAAAUUAAUAGGUGGGGCUUAGGAAUUGCUCAGUUAGGUGGCUGCAGGUUAACUGAAGCUAAGUAAUAAGCAAAAGCAGUAGUUAAUCUUGUAAGUAAACGUUGGGGGGGUUGUUUACAGAGAAUUGUAUUUUAAGAUGCACUUUUAAGCUUGAAAGGCAUUAUGGGGUGGGCAUAGCAGGUGCCCAACGUUCAGGUAACCUCAGGCCCUGAAAUGGGACUGAAAUGGGUCAAGGGUUAGUGUGUCUUGCUUUUUACUGAAAUGUAAUCAGGGAUCAAGCCCUAAGGUGGGCAGAGAGUGAAAAAAAGGGCUCUUAAGUGACACGAAAACCAAAAACUGGUGUUUCCCCUAAUGUGGUCGUGCAGCAGAGGUGCCUGCUACUGCACCCCAAUUCCUCACCUGCCGGGUGGGGUGCAGGAAGCUGCUCCCAGGUGGGGGCACUCUAUCGGGGUUUGGAUGCUACCCUUGACAACCUCCGCUCAGUCUGCUUCAGUGAAAACCACUUUGACAUCACAAUUGUCUGUUCUGUUUCAGAGCCCAGCACUACAGACCCUCAUGCACAGUAACAGCCCAGCUAAGCUUGGACUGUCUUGUGUGAACUUAACCCGGUGUCUCAGGUGUGGCGUGCUGAGCAGCCAAGUGGGUAUGGAAUGCCUGCCCUGAACUCCAUGCUGCUCCACAGGGAGCUAGCUCAGAACAGUGUUGAUUUUUUUUUUUUUUUUUAAACUAGUGAACAACAUUGUCAAGUGUGGAAUUGGAUCUUAACUGUGUGGAUUAAUAGUUGUGCUCUGUCUCAAGGGUAAACCCCACUGAGAAAAAUCUCACGCCCCAGUCAGCAGCUUAGACCAUGUCCAAGCCAAGGAUUGUCUUGUUUCCCAGUGUCCUCUAGGUAGGAAGGGAUGAAGAGUCCUGAGGACGGUUAAGUCUCUUAAAGCAUCCAAGCCCUCUUGUCCAGGUCCCUUUUCGGUUGUGGACGGGUUAAGUGUCGGUGCUCCUUGAAACCACUUAUCUCCAAUCUUGAACUUCCUUGGUGGUCAGCCAUGAGGCCUACCAAGCAGUCGGCCUUUUCCUCAGCUCUUGAAGUCCCUGACCUUUAGCAGUAUACUGAGCCAGCUGGGAAGCGUCCGUGGCCACACCCGCGGAGAAGUUGUUCCUUUUGGCUGACUCCUUCCUGGCACUUUGCCCUGUACCAAGUGGUUACUCAUGGCCACCGCACUUCACCUGUUCUCCAAAUUCUAGAGCAAUAAAGGUAUCCGUGCCUGAAGCUGCUCAGAGGUCAGGGGUGGGAGUGGAAUGGUGCCAUAGAUGAACACAACGGCAGUAGUGCCUGUGACUGUGAGUCUGGAUAAUGACCAGGCUCGGCAGAUGGGCAGCCAGGGAUGCCCUCCUCUGGGCAGAUGCUGGAGAACCUGUGUGUGUGACAUUUCCAGCUUGUCUCGCUGUGUGAUCUCAAAUGCACAUUAAACUCUCAAACCCACAAUGA